AUGGCGCGGAAGAUAACAGUCCCUCCUGAUGCAGUGUCGAGUCGCAAGGAUGUUGUUGACUCGAGAAGCGAGGACGAUGAUUACGAGGUUCAUAUGGAGGGGCUCAAGAGAAGAUCAACAAAGGAUUCGAAGCCGAUCAACUGGCAAACUGAGUUUAAAGGAGAGCCUCUGUAUCAGACGUACCGCCAGACAAUUAUCUUGAAGGAGAUCAAAUGUCAGACUGCGGAGGCAGCUUCCAGCCAGACCGACAGCGAGUAUGAGAGCAUCACCUCCAUUCCCGAGGAGUUCAGCUCUUCCGGUUGGGGUUCAAACCCCCAACUGCCCCGGAACACACUGUGGCAGAACCUGCGGACGGUCAGGGAGAGCGGGGUCCUGGGGACAAUGAGCGGGGAAGAACGUAAACUACAAGAGAGUAUGUUUGAAGUACUGACAUCCGAGGCUUCCUAUCUGAAGAGUCUGAACGUAUUAGUCGAUCAUUUCGAGAACUCCAAAGAGCUCAACGAAACCAUCAUUUUACGAGACAAGGAAAUCCUUUUCUCAAGCAUCAACCGGGUGAAAGACGUCAGUGAAAGGUUUCUGGAGGAUAUGGAGGCUCGGGUGGAGGAGAGCGUGAGGAUAUCUGACGUGUGUGACAUUAUCCACCAUCACGCACAGAAAUACUUCCAAAUCUACAUCAAUUACGUUCGGAACCAACUGUACCAGGAGCAGAAGUACAGCCACCUCAUGGAAUCCAACAGUCACUUUGCCGCGGUCAUUGUCCGGCUACAGGAGUUGCCUGACUGCCAGCGGCUGCCCCUCAUGUCCUUCCUCCUGCUUCCCUUCCAACGCAUCACCCGCAUCAAGAUGCUGAUCGAGAACAUUCUGCAGAAAACGAAGGAGGGUUCAACCAACGAGGAAAACGCCACGAAAGCUUUAGGCGUUGUUUCCAAGAUCAUUGACGAGUGCAGUGCGGAGGUGGGGAAAAUGAAACAAAUGGAGGAACUGAUAGACAUCGCGAAAAAACUGGAGUUCGAUAAACUGAAGGCCAUUCCCAUCAUCUCCCAGGCCAGAUACCUGGAGAAGCGAGGAGAGAUCACCGAGAUCAGCCAACGAGGAAACCUCUUCGGAAUGAAGCCCAAAAGUGUGGCUUUGUACCUCUUCCUCUUCAACGACCUGCUGCUGAUCACCAGCAGGAAAAGCGCAGACCGGUAUCUGGUGAUGGAUCACGCUCACCGCUCUAUGGUGGAGGUACACAGUUGUACCCAAAGCUCUGAGAGGCAGAACUGUUUCCUGCUGACGUUAAUCGAGAACCAUCAGGGGAAACAGCUCGAGCGACUGGUCAAAGUACACACACAGUCUGACCUGCAACGCUGGCUUGAUGCUUUACCCGCCCACAAACUCCACAGUUCAGAAAGUUUCAGCGAUGAGAAAAUCUACGAACAAUGGGACUGUCCACAGGUGCAAUGUUUGGUAGCGUACACAGCCCAGCAAGCCGACGAACUCAGCCUGGAGCCGGCAGACCUCGUCAACGUCACCAGGAAGACACCGGAGGGCUGGUACGAGGGGACUAAGCUGUCCACUGGAAAGAAGGGUUGGUUCCCCAGUACGCAGGUCCGGGAGAUCACAGACGAGCAUGUGAGGCGGAGGAACCUUCGGGAUCGAUCCCGGCUGCUGCGAGCAGCGCAGGAGCUCCAGCGGAAACAUCGGCCCAAGGAGAAGAAGCGAAAUGUCGUGUCCUUGUAACUCAACCGGUGGGAAACUGCGUCUACCUGUGAGAGAGAGAGAGAGAGAGAGAGAGAGAGAGAGCGAGACCCAGGGAGGGGAGCGAUUGACCUCCGCAUUUCGCCGAGUGGUUAGAGGGCUCGCCUCGCAAGCGAGAGGAUUUGGGUUUGAUUUCUGGGCAGGUCAGGGGGAAACCUCAGACACGUUUCAUUACUCCACACACACACACACACACACACACUCCUCUGUUUACC